AUGCGCUCGUCACUGCUUAUUACACUCGCUGGUCUUGCAUCCUCUGCCUUUGGCUGGGAAAGAAUUUGCCGUGUUAAGCCUCUCGGCGGCGGCCUCGACGAUGGCCCUAAUAUCAACCGCGCCUUCAAGGACUGCAGUGACACCGCAGCCAUCAUCCUCGACGGCUUCUACAGCGUGAACACGCUGCUCGUGGCGGAAGGAUUGUCUAACGUAGACAUCGUCCUCAGCGGAUACCUCCAAUACACGCCCAACAUCGCGUACUGGUCCCCUAACAGCCUUUACCUUACCUACCAGAAUGCCACUACGUUCUGGUUCCUCUCUGGUGACUAUAUCCAUCUUUACGGUGGCGGAACGAUCGAUGGUAACGGUCAGGUAUGGUGGGACACUUUCAAUAUCAGUCAGAACGCUGGAACAGCGGGCGGCUCGUCCACCACUUUUGCACGUCCCGUACCCUUGACUGUGGGCAAUGCGUCAAAUGUUCUCGUGGAAGAUAUCACCGAGCUUCACUCUCCCUUUUGGAACAACUUUGUGUAUCAGAGCACAAACGUGACGUACAGGAAUAUCAACAUCAGCUCAGUCUCGUACUCCAGCGCACCUGCUGUCAACUCUGAUGGCUGGGAUAUUUAUCGCUCAUCUUUCGUGACCAUUGAGGAUUCCACAGUCAACAACGACGACGAUUGUGUCUCAUUCAAGCCAAAUAGCACCAACAUUAAUGUCUUAAAUAUGUGGUGCAAUGGCUCACACGGUAUCUCUGUUGGCAGUCUUGGACAGUACGCCGUCGAGACCGAUAUUGUUGCGAAUGUUUACGUGCGCAACGUAACGAUGCGCUAUGCACAGAACGGUGCCCGCAUCAAAGUCUUCCCUGGCAGUCCUGACCCCAACAGCACUGCUGGCGGGGGAUCCGGAUACGUGAAAAAUAUCACCUUCCAAGAUUUCACCGUGUUCGAGGUCGACAACCCUGUCUUGAUCGAUCAGUGUUACGACUCGACUCAAGACUUUUGCAAUCAGUAUCCAAGCAACCUGACAAUCUCUGAUGUUCAUUACAUCAAUGUCACUGGCACGUCAUCCGGGGCGGAAGGUAGCGUCGUCGUCGACCUGGACUGCUCCGCAGAAUGCCAGGACAUAACUGCGACGGGCACCCAUUUAAGUGCGCCGAACGGCACCGCGACGUACAUCUGUGAGAACGUCGCGACCGUCUCCGAGCUCGAUUUCAACUGCACGAGCUCCUCAACAAGCUGA